ACGCUCCCCACAGAGAUGGUUUGGCAGAGCAGGAAGUAGUUUACAGCCGCGGCCGGAUGUUCUGUGUGAAGACAGGAACAACAAAGAAGAGAAAGCGCCCGGGUUUUAAAACUAAUGAACACACCAGAACACCAAAUCGAGAAAAUUAGCUGUCGUUGACAGUAGGGCAAAAGCAUUUGGUUUGCAUGUGAGAACAAGAGUCUGCCGAGCCAACCAUGGCGAACAAUGCAGAGGACAUCGAAAACAGUCUGGACCAACAGGAGACCAGUGUGGCCUGUGGACCCAGCCAGCAGCCACAGGAGGCUGCGGGGGCCAGAGCCCGGUCCAGAGGAGGUGGAGAAGGUGGGGGUGGGGGGGAUGAUGGAGGAGGCGGAGGAGGCAAUGGUAGCUGCCGGGAGCAGAACGGACAGCCGCCCGCCCCUCAGCCUCCCCGCGUGUUGGAGGCCGAGGAGGACGAGGAUGAAGAGUUGACCCUGAAAUACGGCGCCAAGCACGUCAUCAUGCUGUUCGUUCCCGUGACCCUCUGCAUGGUGGUUGUCGUGGCAACCAUAAAGUCUGUCAGCUUCUACACCCAGAACGACGGCCAGAGAUUGAUCUACACACCGUUCCCUGAAGACACAGACACAGUGGGACAGAGAGCCCUCAACUCCAUCCUGAACGCCACCAUCAUGAUCACCGUGAUCAUCGUCAUGACACUGGUGCUGGUGCUGUUAUACAAGUACCGCUGCUACAAGGUGAUCCAAGGCUGGCUCUUCCUCUCCUCCCUCCUCCUGCUGUUCUUCUUCUCCUACAUCUACCUCAAAGAGGUUUUUAAGACCUACAAUGUGGCCAUGGACUACUUCACCCUGGCGGUAAUCAUUUGGAACUUCGGAGUGGUGGGCAUGAUAUGCAUUCAUUGGAAAGGGCCGCUGCGGCUCCAGCAGGCCUACCUCAUCAUGAUCAGCGCCCUCAUGGCCCUGGUUUUCAUCAAGUACCUGCCAGAGUGGACCGCCUGGCUCAUAUUAGCCGUCAUAUCCGUCUACGAUCUGUUAGCGGUUCUCUGUCCCAAAGGGCCUCUGAGGAUCCUGGUGGAGACGGCUCAGGAGAGGAACGAGCCCAUCUUCCCAGCUCUCAUCUACUCCUCUACAAUGGUGUGGCUCGUUAACAUGGCCGACACUGACCGGCCAAAAAGGAACUCGACAGAAGGGGCGUCAUCUCAACAAGGGGCUCACGAAGCCGUGGCGUCCCCGGCUGCCACCAGUCUUUCGCAGGACGACGGGGGCUUCACCCCCAACUGGGUCACCCAGCAGGAGCACCAGCUGGGGACGCUCCAGACCACCGAGCAGACCAGGCGGGAGAUCCAGGAGAUGCCCUCCGCUCGCCCACCCCCCGAAGACGACGACGAAGAGAGGGGCGUCAAACUGGGACUGGGAGACUUCAUCUUCUACAGCAUGCUGGUGGGAAAGGCCUCGGCCACGGCCAGCGGCGACUGGAACACCACGCUCGCCUGCUUCGUAGCCAUCCUCAUUGGCCUGUGUCUAACCCUGCUCCUCCUCGCCAUCUUCAAGAAAGCGCUCCCCGCUCUGCCCAUCUCCAUUUUCUUCGGCCUGGUCUUCUACUUCGCCACAGACAACUUGGUGCAGCCCUUCAUGGACCAGCUGGCGCUACACCAGUUCUACAUCUAGCAGGACGCUGCCCUGAUAACCCUCACCCACAUAGCCCUCUGGCCAACAACACGAGAGCAGUCCCUUCAAAGCUGGGGGUGGGGGGGGGCGAAGGGCAACGCAGGCCAGGGGCCUCUCGUGCGCCCCACAUCCCCUCCUAAGAACUCAAGUUGUUUCCGUUCUGCCUUUUUCUUUAUCAAUGCCAAGAUGGGGGUGUUCCCCACGACAGCGGUUUCUUAAAUAUUUCAUUUGAGUUUUAAACCAAGAAGUGACAUUUCCCGCUUGACUUGGGACCUCCUCUUCAAAUCGCCGAUCCGAGCUUAUCAGACGUUAGUGGAAUUAUUCUUUUACUUUUAAUCCAGGGAAGCUUUUCACGAGCUUGUCUGCUUCUUCUCAGCAGCACCCUGCUUCCCAUCUGGGAGCUGCCCAGUGCGUCUUCUCCGACUGGGGCUUUACAGCAGGUGCCUUGCUCAGGGACACCUUGGUGGGAGCUGUUGAGCAAAAGGGAGACUGUUUCAUUUAAUCUCCCUUCAAAGACUUGGAUCGAAUAUUUUCCCUUUUUUUUUUAACGACUUUGGAAGCCACCACCCCCCCUAAACUUAACCCAAGAUUAGAAAGCCUUCAUUGGUGAACGUGUAGUUUGGUUGUGUAUGAGCUGUCAGUCACCAGACGUGCUUUCCUCACCGCUAUGUAGAAUGGUUGAGAAAAAGCAGAGCUCUGAGGCCGAGCGAUUCACUCCCCGCGAGAUUUCAACUGAACGGGAGGUUUUGAACAAAUGAAAAGUUUUACUAGUGGAAGAAUUAAUAGUCUCUAGAACUAAGAUUUGAGUUUAAUUGUGACACUGACUGAUUAGAGAUUUUUCACCAUGUUCCGUGACCUCUCUUUAUUUUUCAUUUUAUUUUUAUUUUUUUAUACGUCAAAUCACAUUUGAACGCAGAGCCUGCAGAGGGAGGCAAGUUUACACACACUUAACACACUUACACCUGAGACUUGCCUGCCAUGUCAGUCCCGUACUGUCAGCCACUGAGCAGCUCUGCUGGAGCAGUCGGAGGUCCAGUGCCUUGCUCGAGGGCAUUUCAGUAGUAGUAGUAGUAGUUGUUGUUGUUAUUGUGGGACAGAAAUGGGCUUUUCAUUCUCUUCCCUGACUGAGAUUUCAGAUAGUUUUUUUUUUAAUUCUUUGUUUUUGCAACCUGCCCAGGGAUUGUAACCUGUGAUCAUCUGGUCACAAUCUCCGAACCUUUAGGCUAUAUAGCUGCUGUCAUGAUGUUCUCCUGGUGCUGUCUUGAUCUAUGCCACAUCAAACACAAUCAUUUGGACCAUACGCAGAUACUAGUGCGUUGUUUUUCAAAAUAUGCAGAAGAGAAACUUGUACUUUUUGAAACAUGAGGGUACAUGUUACCGGAGUUCCUACACAGAUAAGGAAACUGUGGACAAGUGUGAAAACGUCCAACGUUUGACUGAUAUUCUGUUUGUGUUUCGAGGGAAACGCUUAGUCCUGAUGAAUGAGGGAUCGGAUCUAGUUUAAUUCGUUAGAAUUUGUGAACAUUGUUGGAAAAUCUAAUCUCCAGUUAUCAAGCACUAUUUGCUUAUGUGUCUUUUUUUUAAGUAUAAAAACAAACCAAAAAGGUAAAAAAAA